AUGGCAUCUGGCAUUGGAUCCAUCUCCGGCCCCGGGGCCGUGGACGACAAGCGUCUCCGCGCCGAUGGGCUCGACGCGACCACUUACCCAACGCGUGUUCUGCAGAAACUCCACGACCCCAACAUCUCCAUUGAGGAGUAUCUUCACUAUGCAAAGAUCACUCGCAACGAGGAAGACCACCUGUACGGCCCUGGCAGCGACUUCACAUCUGGCAGUGGACCGACGAUGACCUUCAUCAAACAAAAGAUCCUGCGCAAGCAGGUCGACAACACCCGCCGAGAGUCCGUCACUCGGCCCAGGUUGUCUGUCAGCGCCCAAGGCGAAGGCCAGAUCGUCAGGGCUGACGAGACCGACUCGGGCAACGAGAAGACCGGUAGCGGGAGAAAAUACGAGCCGAUGGCCAUCUCAGACGACGAAUGGGUCCAGGCUUCUCGAGCAGCGAGAACAGCCACCUGGGGCGCCGUGUUCUACCUGAUCACGACCGACAUUCUGGGGCCCUUCUCCACUGGUUAUGCCUUCUCUCAGAUGGGUCUGGGACCCGGUGUCGCGCUCUUCACCGUCUUUGGCGCCCUCGCCGGCUACAGUGGCUACCAGCUGUGGAGGAUGUACCUGCAGCUCGACAGCGACCGCUACCCCAUGAAGGGCUACGGCGACAUUGCCUUCCGCGUGUACGGGCCAUGGUUUCGCCACACGUGCAACCUGUUGCAGUCAUUCCAGUUCUUCCUCAACGUCGCCUUGAUCGUCCUCAGCAGCGGCCAGUCGAUCAGCCAGCUGUCCAAGGGAAAUCUCUGCUUCAUUGUCUGUGUGGUGGUGUGUAUGAUUGCCGGGUGCAUCAUCGGUCAAAUCAGGACGUUGCAGCGCUUCGGCUGGCUAGCUUCGUGGGCGGUGUUUCUCAACCUCUUCAUCAUCUUUGCGACCAUGGGCGUCAUGGCGCACUCAGACCCCAAUUAUAAGCUCUACGCGGCAUCAAACCCCGACUUUGAUAUCAACCACCCCGACCCGAUCCAGGUAUCCGGCGCCGCGCCCCCAGGGCUAGGUAUCGUUGACAACGUCAACGGGCUCAUGAACGCGGUCUUCUCCUUUGGUGGCGCGACCUUAUUCGUGGAAUUGAUGGCCGAGAUGCGUCGCCCCAUGGACUUCUGGAAGGGCCUCCUCUGCGCCGACAUCCUCAUCUACGCCUGCUACAUGGUCUACGGCAUCUACACGUACUGCAUGCAAGGCCAAUAUGCGUACAACGUCUCAUACCAGGGCGUGUCGCCGUACGGCUGGCAAACGGCAUGCAACAUCAUCGGGCUGAUCACGGGGCUGAUCGCCGCCGUGCUGUACGGCAACAUCGGCAUCAAAGUCCUCUACAAUAACAUGGGUCGCGACCUGCUGAAUUUCCCGCUUCUCGAGAGCAAGACCGGCAAGUGGAUCUGGGUCUUCUUCGUGCCCGUCUACUGGGCCCUCGCCUGGGUCGUCACCCAGUCGGUGCCCCAGAUUAACACGUGGAUCGUGCUCGUGGGCGCGGGCUGCAUCCUGCAGUUCACGUACACGUUCCCGCCCUUCCUGAUGCUCGGGUUCAAGGCCCAGCGCGACGCCAUCUUACCCGGCGAGGCGUUCGACCCGGCUACAGGCGCCAUCCGCCGGCUAGACAGUGGCGUCAAGCGCUGGUGGCGCGGCUUCAAGAAGGAGUUCUGGUGGAAUCUGUUCGAUCUGGUCUAUUACCUGGGCAGUUGCGCCACGUGUAUUCUGGGCCUGUACGCCGGCUUCGACAGCAUGGUCGGCGCGUACAGGAAUUCCCCCAACCUGAGUGCCUGGAGGUGCGAGAGUCCUACAGGAUAG